AUGGACAUAACCGCUGCAAAUACGGCGGCUAGCGAUGGACCCCCACCGCCUCUACCGGGAGAAUCGGUGGCCUUAUUCAAGGAAGGCAUAUCUUUGAUUCUCUCCCGAUGGUCGGCUCUUCAGAUAGCCGUGGAGAACGAGUGGGGCGGCCGUGGCUCACGCGCCAUCGCUGACCAGCUUUGCUCAGAUGUAUUCUCCUGGUUCACUCAGUCCAAAGAUACACUAUAUAUUGAUGAUCUUGAGAACAUUCUUGAUGAAACCAUGCUUUCACUCAACACCAUGACUGAAGAUGGCAGCGUUGAAGAGGUGGCAGAAAAAUUGAUGAUCUUUCAUGGAGAAUGCUUGGAAGGUAAUUACCAGUCUAUUGUAGAUCUGAGAGCAAGCAGUUCUCAGAUGGCAGCUCGUUCUCAUGUCAAACAGGCUUUGAAUGAUGAGGAUGACGAUAGCUCUGAUGAAGAUGAUGAUAUGUCAAACAUGAUGGUGGAUACACCAGAAUCUGUGUCAAAACCGAGUUCAGCAAACAUACCAACUAGUGAUACGAGGAUGACGGAGACAGCCGAAGCAGAAGAUGGAUGGACAGUAGUUUCAUCUAGACGUGGCAGCAAGGGCAAAAAGAACUAG